AUGCCUGACAAGAAGCUGGAACCGAAGCAGUCUGGUUUUCUUGGCAUGUUCAAACGCAGAGACUCCGGACUCAACUCAACACAUGUCCCAAGCAAUGGCAAGAAGGAGCAAAGCACCACACCGUCGCCUCGGCGUGCGUACAAACCUCGAUAUGCUGAAAGGGACAUGAUACUCUCGAUGCCAGUUGAACAGCGGCCCGAUCUAGUAGCCAAGGCCAACGAAGUAAGGUUGCAAGGUGUCUGUUCUGACAUUGGUUUCAGCACAGCAGCCUCGCUGCACAGUGGGUCUAGAAACUCUAGAAUAGGUUCUCGGAGCUGGUCCUCCAGGCACAUGCCAACUCACCCCAACUUACAUCUGAAGCUAUAUGGAGGCGCGAGUGCCCAUGCAGCAGGGUCAAGCGUCAGCUCAUUGCACAAUAAUGUGCUGCACGGCUCGGGCAUGAACCGGAUGGCAUCCUCUCCAGCGUCAAUGCGAGACAAGAACACACAUGCUAGUCAUGCUGAGCUGUCGAGCAGAGCUUUGGAGCAGUAUCGACCCAGCCCACGGUCGUAUCAUUCUGUUCCAGCGAUGUCGCAAUUAGACACCACAUCGAUCGAGGCCGUCAACCAGGCAUAUGCUGAGCUAGGGAUUUCAGGGGCAGACUUCGAGCUAGAAAGAGCUUUGCGGAUGUCAGGUAUGGACUACGAUCUCAGCGACGUAGCGCACGUAGGCCAACGAUCAAUGGCAACACAUGGCACAAUGCACCAGCGACCUCCUUACUUUGGACACAAUGAUACUCUGCCCAACCUCAAGGGCGGCAAGGGCAAGGGCAAGCAAGCUACUCGGUCUUUGACGGGCGUGCCGCCGAGCAUAGCAGGAAGCAGCGACUACGGUGACGCUUCUGAGAAGGAUGAUCUUGAUGACCCAGAGUCGUACAUCCUUCGGACAAGCGCAAGCCAAACGUCUGCACUCAUAGCAGCUCACGAACACCCUACGCAUGAUCUUGAAUCGAGUAGCUCUUCCUUCGCAGAGUCAUACGGAAAUAGAGUCGCCAACGACUUCUGGUCUCGCAACAGUUCUGAAAGAACCACAUCCACCAGUACGCUCAUGACUUCACACUCCGAGACAUCGGUAGUCAGACCAGCCACAGCGGAGAGCCAUACACCUGAUGUGCUUGGGCCAGGAUGA